AUGUAUUCUUUAAUGUUCCUACCUCUCCUCGUAUUGUCCUCGCUGGCGGGUGCGGCGGCGCAAAAUGCAAAGACAGACGAGACAAGUAUCACAGUGCUCACCGGCACCAAAUCGGUGUCAACAAAGGCGCCGGCAACAGGCACUUACCAGUCCUUUCCCUCCAAGAUCACCUUGGCCUCGACGCCGUCCGGCUCGGGCACAUCGAUGACGUCCAACUCUACGGGCUCGUCGUCAACAGCUACCUCGCAAGAGGAGACUGUGACGCUCAUCACCGGCUCCCAUACCACUACUGUCACGCGGCCGGUCAACGGGACGGGCACGGCAUCUUCCACGGCGACGCAGCCGGCCGUCACCAACACCCGGCCCUGCAAUAACUGGCCCGAGUUUUGCGCUCGCAAGUACAGCAAUAUCACCAUGGUUGCCGCCCACAACUCGCCCUUCGACCGUGCCGGCAGCGCUGCCUCGAACCAAGAACUGGGCGUCGUCACGCAGCUCGAUGACGGCAUCCGCUUCCUCCAGGCCCAGAUCCAGUGGCCUACCAACGGCACCCAGCCGCACUUCUGCCACACCUCGUGCGACAUUCUCGACGCGGGGCCCAUCACGGACUGGCUGACCAAGGUCAAGAACUGGGUCGCGGCUCACCCAUACGACGUGGUUACCAUCUUGCUGGGCAAUGGAAACUAUUCCAAACCUGAGCUGUACGCCCCGUACAUCGAGUCGACUGGUAUCGUGGACUUCGCAUACGUGCCGCCCUACCUUCCCAUGUCGCUAGACGAGUGGCCUACCCUCUCGGACAUGAUCCUGACGGGCAAGCGCGUCGUCAUGUUUCUUGAUUACAACGCAAAUCAAACCGCCUACCCCUGGCUGCUCGACGAGUUCAGCCAGCUGUGGGAGACUCCCUUCGACCCGGAGGACCGGGCCUUCCCCUGUACCGUUCAGCGCCCGCCGAACUUGUCGGUUGAGGAUGCCAAGAAGCGCAUGUACCUCGUCAACCACAAUCUAAACGUGCAAGUCUCGCUUCUGGGCACCAGCAUACUCGUACCAGCAACCACGCUGCUAAACGAAACGAACAACGCCACGGGUUUCGGAAGCUUGGGUGUGUCGGCGCAGCAGUGCAAGGAGCAAUGGGGACGCCCACCAAACUUUCUCAAUGUCGACUACUACAAUUACGGAGACCCCCCGGGAUCGGUAUUUGAAGUGGCCGCCAAGAUGAACAAUGUAACCUAUGACCGAGUGUGCUGUGGGAAGAAAGCCAACGCAGCAGACAUGAAGAUGCUCCCUCGAGCUUGGCCCUGGUACAUCGCGCUGGUGGCCGCAGUGGCCGCGUGGAUCUAG